GAAGAAGCUAAGAUUCAGGCUUGGGUGAAUCUUCAGAGUGCAAAAGCAGAAGCUGAAUCAAGAAAGCUUGAGGUUAAAAUACAGAAAAUGAGGGCAAAUAUGGAAGAGAAAUUGAUGAAGAGGAUGGCCGACGUGCAUCGGAAGGCCGAGGAGUGGAGGGCAAAUGCUCGGUUUCAGCACUCGGAACAAAUUCGAAAAGCCGGCCAGCAGGCGCGCGAGCAGGCCAUAAAUAAAAAAGGCAAUAACAAUAAUAAUUUGCAUUUAUCAGGUCUCAAAUCAUGUGGAUUUUUUCCAUGCAAUAAAUGA